GUUAGAGCAGAUGAAGGGAGGGAGACCAUGUGUGAGAGGCAGCAGAGAGAGAGUGUCGGUGCAGGGGAAGUCAGAUUACCGCGCUGGGAAAUGACUGUGUAAUCUAUUUGUUUAAGAAUAGUCAAGUGACUCUGAACAGACAUGAACGAUGACAGCGGCAAACAACGUUACGUGUCAACAUUCAGGAUGCACAUCAAGUCUCCCAGCGCAGCAUCUCCGGCGAGGAUCAGACCAGCAGCAGCUGCGACCGGGAGCUCAGCCCAGAGGAGCCCUGAGACGGGGGUUUGUAAGACACAGGAACAUCUGGACCCUCCCGUGUUCACAAAGCCCCUGGACGACUGCAGCGUGGAUGAGGGCAGCGACAUCGUGCUGAGCGGGGCUCUCUCUGGAAGUCAGCCCAUCCAUGUGAAGUGGCUGCACAAUGGUAAAGUGUCCUAUUUUGGAAAAGCGUCCUUCGAUGGCAGCAGAGUGAGUUACGUGGUGACGGAAUGUUUACCGGAGGAUGCGGGUGCCUAUACGUGCUUGGCAGAGAACUCAGCUGGCAAGACGUCCUGCAGCGCCGCCGUGUUUGUCAGAGAUUUUGAGACCAUCUGUGCAGUGAAACAGACAGUGCUGAAGAACCCCCCUGCUCCUGCACCGAAGCUCAUCAUGGAUAUGAAAAAAGGAAGCUCCCUUCAGUCUCCCAAAUAUGAGCAACAGGAAACCGACGGCCCCAUCUGUCGCUCACCGGCCGACAAACCCAGCCCCGUCUCUUCUCCGAAGGAAGUCGUGCCGAAGAAACGAGCAGAUCCCACCAAAGGAUCUGAACUGGAAUUCCUGAACCCCCCUCAGCACCUGGACGUGAGGGUGGGAGAAGCUGCUCGCCUGACGUGUUCCUUCACAUGUAGCCCACCUGUGGUCUCCUGUUGGAUCCGGAACAAAGACCAGGUAGUUGAUGGCCCAGAACUAUGGGUGGAGAACACGGAGAGCAGCAGCACACUUGUGAUAGCUGAGGCCAAACCACAACACACGGGUCGCUACACUGUAGUCGUGAAGGACCGCAGGAGCUCCGCCCAGCACUCCCUGACUCUGUCUGUUAUUGAGAGGCCUCAGCCUCCUGCGUCCUGCCCCGUCAUCUCCCUUGUCUCUGUCGACAGCCUGGUUCUGUCUUGGUGCGGACCCUGCUACGACGGUGGCAGCGCCGUCCUGGGUUAUGUGGUCGAGGUGAAAAGGAAAGAAGCCUCAGACGAUUGGACAGAACUCACCAGCAAGUGCAAGAGUACGUCCUACAAAGUGAGUUCUGGGCUGCAACCUCAAGAAGAGUACUGCUUCAGAGUAAAGGCAUUCAACGCGGUUGGAACCAGCGAGCCUGGUCCGGAGUCAAGGGCGGUCAAGAUGGAGCAGAAGGAAAAAUCUGCAAAGGAGGAGGCGCCGCCCCAAGAAUUCACCAUUGUGAGCGUCGACCAUGACCAUAAGGUCGCGGAGCACUACCUCAUAGGGGAGAAACUGGGAGUCGGGAAGUUUGGCCAGGUGUUCAAACUGGUCCACAAGGAGACGGGUCGAGUCUGUGCUGGAAAGUUCUACAAAGGCCGUCGGCAGAAGGAGAGAGAGGCCGCCCGGAAGGAGAUCGAGCUGAUGAAUCACCUCCAUCACCCGAAGCUGGUGCAAUGCUUGGCCGCGUACGACCACAAGCCAGAGAUGGUGAUGGUCAUGGAGUUCAUCGCAGGUGGGGAGCUGUUUGAGCGCAUCGUGGACGACAACUUCGAGCACACCGAGUCAGCCAGCGUGCACUACAUCCAGCAGAUCUUGGAGGGGAUGGACUACAUGCACCAGAGGAGCAUCGUCCACCUGGACCUCAAACCGGAGAACAUCGUGUGCGUGGACAGCACCGGGACUGCUAUAAAGAUCAUCGACUUCGGACUGGCCUGCAAAAUUGAAAAGAACACUUCUCUGAAGGUGAUGCAGGGCACUCCGGAGUUCGUGGCUCCGGAAGUGAUCAACUUCGAGCCGGUGUCUUUCUCGACGGACAUGUGGAGCAUUGGGGUCAUCUGCUACAUCCUUCUGAGCGGCGAGUCUCCAUUCCAGGGCAGCACCGACACAGAGACCUUGGCUCUGGUCACCGCCGCCCAGUGGGAGUUUGAUGAGGAGAGUUUUGAAGAGAUCACGGAGGAGGCCAAAGAUUUCAUCAGUUCGCUGCUGGAAAAAGACCCCAGGCACAGGAUGCUGUGUAAACAGGCAAUGGAGCAUCCUUGGAUGGCAGCGUUUGACUCGGAGCACGUCAGCACCAAGAGCCUGUCCAAGGAGAAGAUGAAGCGCUUCCUAGCCAAACAGAAGUGGAAGAAAGCAGGCAAGGCCAUGCUGGCUCUGAAGAGAAUGGCCAUGCUGUCGAAAGGCGACAGUGCAUCCUCACCAGUCACUCCAGGAGAAGGUAAUCCUCUGUCGCCUGAGGCGGUGCACGCGCUCAAGUCACUGGAGGAGAAGAUUCAGGGGCCGCCCAAGUUCACCAAGACCCUGGCGGAGCAGACUGUGGACCGGGGCGCGUGUGCGCGGCUCUCCUGCCACCUCACAGGGUACCCUGACCCCGAGGUGGUGUGGCUGCGUGGGGACGAGCCAGUGGAGGAGUCCCCGACCAUUCAGGUCGAAUAUGAAGAAGACGGAAGCUGCACUUUGGUCCUGUCCAAGGUUGGGCCUGAGGACGCCAACGUUUACACCUGCAGAGCCACCAACCACCACGGCGAGAGCUGCUGCUCUGCCAAGCUCAUCGUCCAAGGAUAGACACGCCCUGCUUCUGAAGAGGGACGGCUCUGGACUGAAUUUUCACACGUAUGAUGAGAAAUCUAUGACUUCAACGACCGCCUGUCCCUGUGUUUCAUUGCUGACAGUGGAUAAAUAAACAGAAACACUUAACUCCUCUACAUGUGUCUCUCGUCUCCUUAAGAAACAUGUAGCUUGGUAAAAACACAUCCAAAAUAUCUCCAACUCAAACAUCUACCUUUUA